AUGGCAGAGGAAAUAUAUGCAAAUGCUGAUGAUCUUGAGAUGAGCUCCCAAGAAAAGGACAAAAGUACAUGUGCCAAUGCCAGGCCUGAAGAUGCUGUAGACUCCAACCCUUCUGCAGCUGUGAGGAACUACUCCAGAUGGACUAUUGGGGGUCUGGGGAUGUUGUGUGUUCUACUGCUUGCACUUGGUAUAGGUGUGACUGUUCUAUACAUGAAGGAGAGAGAUCAGCUACAAGACAUCAGCAUGGAGAGAGAUCAGCUACAGGCUGAGAAGCAGCAGCUGCUAUCCAGCUAUGAUGACAUCAGCAUGGAGAGGGAUCAGUUACUGGCCAAUAACACCAACCUGACCAGGCAGGUGGAACAGCUACAUGCCACCGAGAUCAAGCUCCAAGACAGAAUCUCUAAAUUGACCAAGCCAUGUCCUUCAGGAUGGCUCUAUCAUUUCAACACCAAAUGCUACCGCUACCAUAACACAGCAAAAACCUGGUCUGACAGCAGAGCACACUGUCAGAGCCAAGGAGGAGACCUGGUGGUCAUCGGCAGCAGGGAGGAGCAGGUCUUCAUUCAUGGACUAGCCAGAGGGAAAACUGUCUGGAUUGGACUGAAGAGGGUGAAUGGAAAAUGGAAAUGGGUGAAUAACGAUGAAGCAUCCACCACUUUCUGGUAUGACGGGCAACCAGAUAAUGGCGGAGAGGAAUGUGGGGUUCUUGACUCAAGUGGUAACCCCUUGAGCAGCUGGCAUGAUUACUAUUGCAGUACGGAGCAUGCCGUCCUCUGUCAGAUUUCUUCUUACAUGUAG